UCCAAAAUGCCCCUGUUUAUUCCUCAAAAUCUCCUUUCCUCGUGAGCGCCAUCGAUCGCUUCUUCCUCGCUCUCUCUCCGGAAGCAAUGGAGAAAGGCGAGAGCUUCACAUCUAAGCUUGACUCCGAAAUAAAUAACCCGACCCAAUACCACCUCACCGUCCCAUCCGGCUUGACCAGCAACAAGUUCGAAGGGUUGAAGAGGUCAGCGACGGAGCACCAAACCUAUAUGGUGGGACCGGACCAUUGCUCAUCCUUGCUGGCGCAGCGAAUCCAUGCACUGCCGGAGACGGCGUGGUCAGUGGUGAGGCGUUUCGACAAGCCUCAGGCCUAUAAGCAGUUCAUCAAGAGCUGUGCGCUCAAAGAAGGAUUUAGAAUGACAGUUGGUUGCACCAGAGAUGUGAAUGUGCUUUCAGGUUUACCGGCAGCAACCAGUACCGAGAGGCUCGAUAUACUGGACGAUGACCGGCACGUGACCGGUUUCAGUAUCAUCGGAGGCGAGCACCGGCUGAGGAAUUACAGGUCGGUGACGACGGUGCACGGAUUCGAGGAUGACGGGAAGAUCUGGACCGUUGUUGUGGAAUCUUGCAUGGUAGAUGUACCGGAAGGCAACACGCUGCUCUUCGCCGAUACCGUCGUGAAGCUCAACCUGCAGAAGUUGGCGUCCGUCACCGAAGGGAUGAACCGUCACGGUGACGGUAGGUAGAGUCAAAGCUCAAAAAUCAACUAAGAUACAAUCAGCAGGAUUCACGAGCUCAUCAUGUUAUUUCGAUUUUUGUUCGUCUAUUCCUGUACGCGAUUUUUUUUUUUUGUCACAUUAUCGCGAACAAUAUACUCCUCCGUCUCAAAG